AUGUACCAGAGCUUGGCACUGGCUCCGAGCCCCGGCCAGGCCACCUACGCCGACUCGGGAGCCUUUCUGCACGCUGCGGGCGCAGGAUCCCCGAUGUUCGUGCCGCAGGCGCGCGUACCUUCCAUGCUGUCUUACCUGCCGGCGUGCGAAGCGGGCCCACAGCCCUCAGCGCUCCCUGCGCACCCGGGCUGGGCGCAGGCAGCCGCCGCCGACUCCUCGACCUUUGGUUCUGGUAGCCCGCACCCACCGGCCGCGCAGCCGCCGGGGGCCACCGCCUUUCCAUUCGCGCACAGUCCCCCCGGACCUUGCAGCCGCAGCAGCGCUGGGAGCCGGGACGAUGGCGUCUACCAGGGCACACUUCUGGCUCGCGAUCAGUACACCGCCUCGCUUGGGCGGCCAGUGAGCGCCUCAUAUCCCACAACUUACCCCACCUACGUGAGCCCCGACGUGGCCCAGUCUUGGACCGCGGGACCCUUCGAUGGCAGCGUACUGCACGGCCUGCAGAGCCGCCCGGCUGGCCUCCCAGGCAGCAGGGCCACUUUCGCGUCCGACUUCUUGGAGGAGUUCCCCGGCGAGGGCAGAGAGUGCGUCAACUGCGGCGCCCUUUCCACUCCGCUGUGGCGCCGAGACGGCACGGGCCACUACCUGUGUAACGCCUGCGGCCUCUACCACAAGAUGAACGGUGUCAACCGGCCGCUUGUUCGGCCCCAGAAGCGCCUGUCCUCGUCCCGCCGUGCUGGCCUCUGCUGCACCAAUUGCCACACGACCAACACCACGCUGUGGCGGCGGAACACAGAGGGCGAGCCCGUGUGCAACGCCUGUGGCCUCUACAUGAAGCUGCACGGGGUGCCUCGGCCACUGGCCAUGAAAAAGGAAAGUAUCCAGACUCGCAAACGGAAGCCGAAGAACACUGCUAAGACCAGGGGCUGCCCAGGAUCCGCAGUGAAUGCCACAGCCUCCCCAACUGCUGUCCCCAACACGGAGAUCUUGGCUGCCACUUUGAAACCAGAGCCAAGCCUGGUGUCCCCAAUGGGUGCCGAGCCCAACGUCACCUCCCAGGCCCCUGGCCAGGUGGAUGGCCCCCUGACCCCCGGCCACUUGGAAUUCAAGUUUGAGCCUGAAGACUUUGCCUUCUCCUCCACAUCCCUGGGCCCCCAGGCAGGCCUCAGUGGUGCCCUACACCAGGAGGCCUGGUGUGCACUGGCCUUGGCCUAG